AUGUCGUCAUUUCUUUCUUCGAGUACCUUUCCAAUAUACCAGAACUUAUUUUUCUUUGGUGCAAACUGGGCCACUACAAAUUCCCUUUCACGUGCAAUCCUUUAUCUUGCUCCGUUCUCUCCUGAUCUCCAUCUUCAUUCUCUGCCCAUCUGGCAUGACUAUCUGACUGUUUUCUUCCUUUUUGCUUCUUGUUUGUUCCUGAUCGUAGCCUUUUUUUGUUCUAACUAUUGUUUUUCUGAACUGUCUGUGGCAAUAAUACUGCGUCCAGCUAUUCUACGUUUCCUACUUAUUUGAUUCUUGUGCCUUCAAGCAAACAUAUGACAUUAGAGCAGUUGUCAAUUGAGUUGGAGCUAUUAACCCCUCUAGUAUAGCCUCUACAACAGGUGUUGCUGGUCUAAUCAGGUUUUCUGUUUUGAGGAAGACGAACUGAAAUCAGAGAUGGUGGUUUUAUGUUUUGGUACCACAGAUGCUCCAGUGUACGACAAUGAAUGGUUUUGAGAACUGAGUGGAUAACAUUUGUGAUGUGAUGAACCAGCUUCACGAGACAUGCAGUUUGGACAAGGGCGAUCGGUCACAGUGCUCGGAAGAAAGUCUGUGAAUAAAUGCCUGUCAAACGGAUAUAUGCCACAUUUCGCAAAGGAGUUGGUAAUACUUGUAGGAGUCAUAACUUUUUGAAAGGUCAUUCCUACUUCCCCCAAAUCAUAAAUAGUAACUGGUUUCCCAGGAUGUCUUAGUAGCCAAAAGUCAAUGGCGGAAUUUUAAUAAAUUUUGAAUGGAUUGUAAAUUC